CUCAUAUGACGAUAAUGAGGAUGAUGGCCGUGGCGGUAGCAACGCUGGACGCCUGCUGCGGACGCCGCCAGAUCGCAGGGAGGACAUAGGGCCCACGGGAGCGCGCUCAUGGCAGCGCAGUGACGAAGGCAGCCGUCAGGGAGAGGAUGGCCGAAGCGGCUUCACGGCUCCACGGCGGGGAGCAGCAACCGAUACCGACUUCUUCUCACGAAACGGCGCACAGCGAAGCGGCGGCAGUGGCGCCAAAGACAAAAGGGGGACCAAGGACUAUUCGGAGCUUAUCCCAGGUUACGAUGCAAUGGGCCCAGCGGAGCGGCUUCGGGCUCGGACGCGACUGGCGCUGAAGCAAGCAGACUCGCGGGUUCGCAGCGGCGAUGGUGAUGGCGGCGGGCAGUGGACGCGCUUCGUCCUUAAUAACGAGGCGCCGCUCGAUGAGGAUGGCGCUCAGCCGGGCUUGGCCUCCAAUGGCGCCGCUGGUGCAUGGACGUCAGGGCCCGGGGACGGCGGCGAGAUGGGGGAGAAGCGCUAUAAUUCGCAUGGCCUGCCAGAGGAUAUGGAUGGCCUAGGCGGCGAGGAGCUAAAUGCGCUAAGUUUCCGCCGGACGAUGGAUGUCGAGCUGCGGCAGAAGGCGUUGAGGCGGGCGGAGGCGCAGCAUGAGGCUGCCAUUUUCGGGGCGGUAGGAGCGCCAGUCGCGGCGCCUGCAGCAGGGGCAGCAGCAGCGACGGGGAAGACUAUAGAUCAAGGGGAUGACGUGGCGCGGCAGGCGCGAGGAGGUGGCAGUAGUGGUCGGGAAAUGGGGCAGCAGGAAGGCCGGAAGCAGGGUGGGGAAGGAGUGCGGGAUCGGGGCCGGGAUGGAGCGAGGGAACGGGGCAGGGACAAGGAUCGGGGUCGUGACCGAGAACAGGAUCGAGACCGGGAUCGGGAUCGAGACCGGGAUCGGGAUCGGGAUCGAGACCGGGAUCGAGACCGGGAUCGAGACCGGGAUCGGGAUCGAGACCGGGAUCGAGACCGGGAUCGAGACCGGGAUCGGGAUCGGGAUCGAGACCGGGAUCGAGAUCGAGAACGGGAUCGGGAUCGAGACCGGGAUCGAGACCGGGAUCGAGACCGGGAUCGGGAUCGAGAACGGGAUCGGGAUCGAGACCGGGAUCGAGACCGGGAUCGAGAUCGAGACCGGGAUCGAGACCGGGAUCGAGAGCGGGGCAGGGAAAGGGACAGGGAUCGGGAUAGGGAGCAGUAUCGGGAUGCAGAUCGGGCCAUGGACAGAGAUAGGGAGCGUCGUGGUGAUCACGACAACACUUCAGGCAUGGACGGCAGGUAUAAGGACACCACGAACCGCCCUGCCAGCGACCGGGAGAUCACCCGAUCGAACCCCCUCCCGGGCGGCAGGACGGGCAUUCGGGGUGACCCGGGGGACCGGCGCCCAUCCAGUGGCCAGGGCUCGGGAGCCCAUCCACCUGGCUCCAUUGCGGCAGCCGCGAUGCCGACGCCAGCUUCUGGUACAGCUGAUGUCGCAGCUGCUGUUGCCGCGGCUGCUAUUUCGAAGGGCGCCACUACAGCAUUAAGUGCUUCUGGUGCUGGUCUCGCCGGUGUUGCUGCCGCCGGAGGGGCCGCGGCUUCCGAAAUUGGUGGUGCGAGCUGUGGCCCUAACACCAUCGCGGGCGCUGUAACAAGAGCUCCUGGCUGCGGCAGCAGCGGCGGCGUGCAGAAUGUACAGCGGCUGCUUGGCCUGCUUGACGUGGACGAGGAUGGCCCCGUGGUGGUCGAGCUGGAUGAGCUCGGGGCUCUGGCAGCUGCUCAAGCGGCGGGAGAGCCCAGCGGGGGCGGUGGUGAGUGGGGCGGUGGCAGGCCGCAGGGAAUGCCUCGAGUCCCAAGCGCCCAUGUAGACCCGGCGAAUGCGGCAGUGGCGGUGCCAUUGGGGGACACGUUGAGCUCCGCGGUGCUCAAGCAGCAGGGCUUGUCGUGGCGGGAGAGGGCGCUGCAGGCCCGCAGCAAGGCGGCGAAGUGA